AGGCACACCUGAAGUCGCGUUCGCGUUGUCAUCAUCAUCGCUCCAAAACCUCCGUAGACCAAUUUGUGCCGUUUUUAGACACGCAAACGUGUGUUUUAUUGCUUAAAAUACAUAUAAAAUUUGCUUAAAAAUUCUUAUGACAGCUGCACACGGUUGUUGUGAUUGAUAAAAAUUGGUGCAACAAGUGGUUUUGAACUCGCUUUUAACUUGCCAUCUAAAGUGCCUUACACACACCGACGCGCGCACACAGUCUUAGUUCUUACCUGCCAGCCUGCUUACACACACACUCGCGCAUCAUACGUAAGCAACAACAAGUUGUGAGCUGUCCGCUUUCGUCUUCGAGUCCAAUAAGAUAAUUACGCCGAAAAAUGCUAAACGUCUGCACAUAAUUUAAUUAAAAGAGCUCAGUCUCUCAGUGUAUAUGCAAACAAAAUAAAUUGAGAGUGAGAAAGUGCUAACAGAAAAACUGCCAAAAUCCCCAACGCGAGGAUCAGUAUCGUGUGUGCGUGUGUGUGAAGUGAAGAGUAAGAGAAAGAAAGAAAAAAGAGAGAGAGAGAGCGAGAGCACUUAAUAACAGUCUCUGUGUCCGUGUGGGAGUGAUCUCCUUUACAACAAAAGCAAUAUACAAAUUGAAACAAGUGUAUUUUAAAUAUAGAUUACAAAGUCCACCACUUAAGCAAAUACUACAACAACGCAGAUAGCAAGUCGGGAAUAUCAGCAAACGUGACGUACUUUGGCAUUAAUAUUUAAAUAGAUUAACUACAGCGGUAAACGGAUAAUAUGGAGUCCAUGGAAUAUGAAAUGGCACGCAACAUGACGUUGCUGUUCUUCCUGGAGCGACUGCUGGACAAGGGGGAGCCCCGCACAGUCCACGAUCUGUCCUGUCAAUUCGGCAACAAGGAGUUCACCAAGGAAAUGCGACAAAUUGCCGGCGGUAGUCAGUCCGGUCUCAAGAAAUUUCUCGCCCAAUACCCAUCAAUAUUCCUUGUCGAUGGCGAUUAUGUGCAGGUGAAUGCCUAUCAGCACAGCAGCUCCGACGAUGGCAACAGCGGCGGCAAACGCGACUACAUCCAAGAGGCUAAAGACUACUUCAAGAACAAGAUGCUGCAAUAUGGCGCCGCCGCGGAGGUUCCAGUGCGCAGUCUGCUCGGACAUCGAUCGCAGGCAUCUCCCCAAGUGCGACACAUAUCGGGUCAGCACAUCAAGGAGUUCACCGACUUUCUGAUGAAGCACACAGACACGUUCAAGGUGGUGGAUGACCAUGUGAUGCUGGUGGGCAGUGAGAAUAUGACGGAUUUGCCGGCCAGAGAUCGCUUGCAUUUGCCACAAUCGAACAUUGAUACGCGUGGCACACAGCAGAUGCUCGACUUUUUUGCCCAGUGCAUUGAGAUGAAGGGUCCGAUGCUGGUGGAUCAGCUGUUUCACCUGCUAACGCUGAACUUUCCGCAGGAUCAAUGGCUGCGUAUGUUCAAGACACCCGGUGAUCUGAGCUCGUUUCUAAAACUGUUUGGCGACUGCUUUCACAUCCAAGCGAAUCUAGUCACGUUGCUGCAGAAGCCCAAGCUGUCGGACUCGCACAUCCAGCAGGCCCAAGCCCGUUCCCGCGAGCAGUUCAAUGCCCUGAACAACAAUCAAAACUCCCGGCGAGUGGAUUCGACCCAAUCCGUGAGCUCAGUGCAGCAGCGUCUGCAGUCGCCGGCAAUGCGCAGCAAUGGCAUCAGCAAUCAUAUGAAUAACAAUGUGAAUAACAAUAACAAUAAUAAUAAUCAUAUAGUGUCGCCUAAUUUCAAGCUAAAUGCUCCUGUCUCCAAUAUGACCGGUGGCAAUGGCUUUGGACAAGGCCAAAAUAAAUCAGAGCCAAAUUCCGGCUUUGAUAGCUAUGUGCCAAUGUCGGAGCUGAAGCUGGAGAAUCUCUGCGAGAAUAAUUAUCCCAGCUCGACGGUUAGCUAUGGUCCCAUAGCAGCAGCAGCACAACAGCAACAACAACAGCAGCAGCAGCAACAGCAACAACAGCAGCAACCAGCAGCAGCAGCAGCUGCGGCGCCAACAGAGCGUUUAAAUAGCGUUAAUCAAACGCUUAAGCAGCGCAUUAAUACGCUGGUCAUACGCACCUUGGCCGAGAAUCUGGAGAAAGACAAGCAAUCAUUGGCCAAUCAAAACUCACACUCAAGUCCAGUGCAUGCGAAAGCAACAGCAGCAACACAAGCAGGAACAGGAGCAACAGUUGCCGCUGCAGCGACAACAACAGCAACAUCAGCUGUUGCAGGUAUCCAAAACAAUGCCAAUUCCACACCUAGUCAUAGUUAUUUUGUUGGCGAUACCUGGAAAAUAAAAGUGCUGCAAAAUACGACAGUCAUUGCCAAUGUGAAGCACUCCACGUUCGUCACUGAGGCGCUGCUCGAUCUGGCCAAGGAUGAGUGCAACAUUGCCGUCUCGCUCGACUGUGAGGGCAUCAAUCUGGGCAUUAAGGGCGAAAUAACGCUCAUUGAGAUUGGCACAGCCAGGGGCGAGGCAUUUCUAUUCGAUGUUCAAUCCUGCCCGGCCAUGGUCAGUGAUGGUGGUUUAAAGACUCUGUUGGAGCAUGAUCAGGUCAUUAAGGUCAUACACGAUUGCCGCAAUGAUGCUGUUAAUUUGUAUCUGCAAUUUGGCAUUCUGUUGCGCAAUGUGUUUGACACGCAGGCAGCGCAUGCCAUUUUGCAGUAUCAGGAGAAUGGCAAACAGGUGUACAAGGCCAAAUACAUAUCGCUGAACUCGCUGUGCGAGCAAUACAAUGCACCCUGUAAUCCCAUCAAGGAUCAGCUGAAGCAAAUCUAUCGCCGAGAUCAAAAGUUCUGGGCCAAGAGACCGUUAACCCGCGAAAUGAUGCUCUAUGCAGCCGGCGAUGUUCUGGUACUGAUACAUGAUCAGCUCUUUAGCAAUUUGGCCCAACAGAUUCAGCCCGAGAAUCGGCAGCUAUUCUCCGAGCUGUGCACUGAACAAAUACUCAUGCAGAUCAAGCCCAAUGAGGUGAAAAUUCGCAAGAAGCAGCGCAAGGUUAGCACCGAGGUAUCCGAUCUCAAGCAGAAACUGGCCCAGACCAGCAAAAGUAUUGUGCUGUCCAAUCGUGAAAUACGUUUGCUGCGUUAUAUGGACCUGACGGAGGAUGAAAAGGAACGCCUUAAGGGCUAUUACAAAGUGGCCAAGAAGCUGGAGAAAAUGGAGUCAGCUGGCAAUCCAAACAAAGAUCAAAGUGACUCGGAAGAUGAUGCGGAACCAAAUGAAAAUGACUUUUUCCCCAGCUUGGAUUCGGUGCCAUCGGAUAAUUCGCUAUCGGGCACAUUCUCGCCGCGUUUCAGCUCCGAACCGCCCAGUUUGACGGAGUCCAUGCAAAUGCUGGAGGAGAUACUGCAGAACAAGUCAAUGGAUCGAAUAGCGCGCAUUGAUAAGCUCGAGGCCAUAUUGACGACUGCAACCACAUUGCCAUGUGAUCAAAUUAUUACUUCCAAUGCAAUGCAGGAACAAUUGGGAUCCAGCAUUGCGACCACAGAGAAUCUGCAAAUCAUACGCGAAAAGACAAGAAACAUGAAGAACUGUAAUUGCCAUGGGGAGCGCAGUGUUACGCCCAUUUUGAGGUCGGCGAAUGACAAGCGAAUGGUCAAACUGGUCGAUGCGGAAUCACAAACGCUCAGCACCGGCGAUGUUGUCAUCACAAAAAUCUUCUUUCAAGAUGAGCACGAGCGUGUCAAGGAUGCGUUGUUGACCAACAGCAAUACCAAUUCACCGAAGCGUGUGGCUUCAACUUGAACUUAAACUUGAGCCACUUCUUCUUUCGAUAAAUACGAGUUUGAUAAAUGAUUCCUAACAAGCCAAGCGCCGACAUUAUAUGUAUUAUUUUUUUAUUAUCAUCAUGAGACUCCACUAAAAUGGGCAAUGAAUAGAAAAGAAUUCAAAGUAAAAGUAAAAGACGGAGUGCUCAAUAACUAUUAAAUAUGCAAUAAUUAUUCUAACUAAUUGAGAAGCAAUAUAUUUUGUGCCUAAAUGUUGAACAUUGCAAUAACAAUACAUGCUAUAAUUAUUUACUACACUCUACUUCAAUUGUGUUAACAUUUAUAACAAUUACUAUGAUUUUGCUCAUUCAUUUAAACAAUUGAACAUUUUAUUAGGCCGAAUCGCACUUCUCAUCAUGUUAUGGUUGAGAAAUUGUGUUGUAUUCUGAUUUAUAUAUAAAUAUAUCAAAUUUUGUUAAAGCUUUAACUAUAAACUAACUAUAUAAAUUGCAGAACAAUAGAUUCAAUGUUUGUAUUAAAAUUGACCUUUAAACAAGCUUUGCUAUUUAUUUGAGAUGUAAAAAUGAAAGUGAAACUUAAAAUAAGAAGCGUUGGACCAAUCUGUGUAGAAUCGAGAGCCUUUGUCUUUAAUAAUAUACAUAUAAAAUAUAUACAUACAUAAAUUCAACAAUUUUGUCAAGGUUUCCAAUAUCUUUGUCGCCAUAUCAAAACUGAACUUUGUAUUUUAACCAUUAUACUUACAAUCAAUCGAUCACGAUUAUCCAACAUAAUUUUAGUUUAACCCAAUUACAUAAUCAAAUUUUCUUAAUUAUUAACAAAAUUGCAUAGUCAAUCUAAGUAAAUAUUUAAUUGUAAAGUGAAACUUAUUGAAAUUGUAUGAUUAUAAAAAAAUAUGCUUAAUUAAAUAAAGUAAAUUGUACAUACAUGCCUAUGUAAC